AUGACAGACCACGACAAAAACCACGAUAUAGAGAGAAAUGAAAUGGUAAAGUCAACAACGGACUCCAUUUGGAAAGAGCAUGUAAAGAGGGUAGAUAGCCUUGUAUUGAAAAUACAAAGAUUGUAAACAGAAAUUGCAGACGAUAUAAUGUUACCGAGGUGAUUAGAGAUUGGUGCAUGACUGGAGAGGUAAUGGCUAUUAAAGUCACUGCCUAUAAUAGAAUUACGAGAAACUAAAGAAAAAUUGCUAUCAAUUAUUAUAGGAGGGUUUAAAGAGGGGAGAAAGUAAAUGAACCAAAUCCAAUGGAAUUAGAGUGGUUUAUUAAUGACUAUGAUACGUGCAUUAUCUGCUACUGAAUCCAAUGAGCAUCGAGAAAUUGAAAAGACAGCAUUAGAACGAGAGUACAAGCGAUGUGAUCAAAAGUUGGAAGAAUUGAUUUCAAUGGAGCAUCAAAAUCUUGCACGAGUAAUGCACCUAUUUACCUCUGUUUCAAGUGCAAUUAAUGUAUCUAGAGAAAAAGUUCAAGCUGCUAAACAAAAAUUACUAGCUUGCAAGAGUUUAUUGCGUUGUAGGAGAGAUGAAUUAAGAAAGUUCUAUGUUGAAAGUAUUGAGCAGCAUCAUAUGUUAACACAGUUGACUCAAAUUGAACAGAUUAAAGAAGUUCCAUCUCAGUUAAAUAUGUUGGAUUCAAAAAAUCAAUACUUACUAUGUACUAAACUAUUGAUGGAAACACUAAAAAUUAGUAAUACAGAUUUAAAAAAUAUUGAUGCUUUAAAUGAAAUUAGAAAGGAAUUGAACAAUAAAAAACAGAGUUUUUAUAAUAAAUUGUUGGAUGAAUUAAUGAAUCACAUUUAUGUAAUAUCACCAGAAGGUUCAAAACCAUUUCGUCGUAUCGGUUCUGAUGGUCAUAAUUCAUCUUUUGGACAGUAUACAAGAAGAUCAUUUAAGUCUACAACACCAAUUAUUACCAGGGAUAAUCUAAAUGAAAAUAAUAAUAAUGAAGUUGUAGAAGUUCUAGAUACAGAAAAAUUUAUUCCUAUAGCAGUUGAAUGUUUUACAAUAAUGCUUAAAAUUAAUGAUGUUAUUGAAAAAUUGAAGUCUUCAAUGCAAACUCAGUUAGUAGAAAUUGUGGAAAAGACUACUAAACAAUUAUCAGUUAUAAAUCGCUUAAAAAACUCUGAAGAGAAGCUUGUGACGUUAAUUAAUGGAUUAUUUGUGCAAUUUUAUGCUGUAGUUGAUGCACAUCAAUUGUUUCUUAUGAGUUUAGAAAAAGUUGAUCAACAAAUUCUGUCUAAUAUUAACAAAUAUGACCUAAUAUAUGUAUGGGAAAACAUAGAGUCCAUUGUUCAGAUGUUUUUGAGUAAUUAUUUAAAUCUAAAUAGCAAUUCUGAUUUAAUCAUGACAUCAGCUCCAAUUUUCAGUAACAUUGAUUUAAAUGUAUUUUUUUCAAAAAAAAAGUCUCAAAGAUCAAAACAGAGUCUUUUUAAAUUUUCUAAUACUCUUGAAAAUUCUUCUGAUGUAUUAGAUAGACCAUUUACCAGCCUUUCUCAACCACAAUCUAUGAUUUGUACACCAACCUCUGAAAAUAUUGUAUGUCUAUACGAACCACUUAUUAUGUUUAUACAACAAAUAGAACAAUCUGUCAAUAUGAACUCAUGUACUUUGAGAGUAUGGUUAAAUGAUUAUAUAAGAACUGUUUUUCUUGACCGUCAACAUAGCAAAGUAGCAACUUCUAUAGAAUCAAUAACAAAAAAAACUGAUGCUUGGCACCAAAUUACUUCUCCUGAACAAAUGCAGGAAUUAAAUAUUAAAAUACCAUUGUUAAAUAAUACUAUUAAUGUUUGGGAAAAUAUUUGUCAAAUAAAAAAAAUGAUUGUUAUAAUGCCUGAAUAUGCUUCACACUUUCUUAUGGUUAUGGUUAGUGUAGGUAGAAGUUAUAAAGAAACAUGUGAAAGUUUAUUUAGUUCAAUAAUAAAAACAAAUGACAACACUACAAAACUAGUAAGCAAUUUAUGGAUUAAAAAGUCUGAUCUUAUAAAAUAUCUAAAAGAUUCUCAUAAUUGGGUACGUAGAGAUAUAGAAAAUAAAUCUAAAAAAUGCUCAACAGAAGAGUUAAAACGUUUUACCCAAGAAGCAGAUGUCCUUUUUGGAAAUCUAGAAGGAUCUGAUUUCAAAAUAUCAGGUAUUAUGGAUAUUAAUCAGUUACAAUGUCUAGCACAUCUCAUAGAAAGUAUGGAAUGGUUUUCAAAAAAGUUGUAUGAAAUAUCAAGUUCUGACUCAAAUCAAUAUUUAGUUUCUAAUUUAAAAGCAUCUAAAGCAGAUAAAAAUAAUCUACCACUAUCAUUAAUUGAAACACUACAACAAUUGAGUGUUGAUUUUCUUGAAUUUUCUGAUAAUAUUCUUUUAUAUAUUUUCUUAGAAGUUCGAGCCCAAAGUAUAUUUUACUUAGUACCAAGUUUUGAAUUUGCAGUAGAAAAUCCUACAGAACCUAAAGUUUUAGAUCUUAAUCAAACAAUUUCAGCUUUACAUGAGAUUAUGUUAAAUGCUCUGAAUGAAAAAAAAAUAAAAUAUGUUUUUGAAGGAAUUGGAGAAGUAAUUGCUAAAGGCUUAGUCAAUCAAACAAGGAGUAUUGAAAUUGUAGAUGAAAUGGUCAUAAGAAAAAUGGUACGAGAUGUAACUAUGUUGAAAUAUAAUUUAGCAGCAAUAUUAGGAGUUUCUCAAAUCAUCUUAGAAAAAACUAUUCAUUAUUAUGAAUUAUUACUUAGUAUGCCAAAGGAUAUUUUAGAAGAGAUAUUGGAAAAGGGUGCAAUAUUCAGUGAACUUGAAUACAUGAAUUUAUUACAAAUUGUACAUAGAAAUAAAAAGAAUAUAGAAGGCAGAAAUAACUUACAGAAAGAUUUACAAAGGUUAUCUGAUAUUUUAUCACAAACAAAACAUAUAAACUUGUAAUGGAUUUUAAAUUAUAUUCAUGAUAUAAAAAGCUUUUGUUAUUUACACAAAAUAAAUAAGUUUAUUGUUUUAAUUAAUUAUAUUGAAGCAAUUUAUCCAUACAAUUAGAACUCAUUUUAAGUAAUAGGUAAUAUAUGACUAAUUAUAAAAAUAAACAUAGAUUGUUAAUCAUUAAGUUUAUAACUGUGU